AUGCAGCUCUCCAAGUUUGCAGUACUGCUGCCACUCUUGGCCGGCUCUACUGAAGCAGGCAAGAUGAGGGCCCCUCGCAGCUGGGCCGCCGAUCGUUUCGAUAUGCAACUCACCUGGAACCAGUUCGGUUUCCUCUCCCACCAGAAAAUCGGUAACCCUCCUCAGGAAAUCCCCAUCUUUGUGGACUGGACCUGGAUCAGCCAGUACAUCCUCUCGCCCAAGUGCUACGGAGAAGAAAACGACCCCGCGGCCUGCCUCAACGCGCAGCAGCUCUACUACGACCCGGCCAAGUCGACAUCUCACCGAGACGCAUCUAAGCGUUUUCCUAGCCGCACUUGGCUGCCCAACCACUUCUUCUUCUGGGAGCCUCUCACGGUAGACUAUGCGCAAGAUGCUGUCCAGAUCGGCCCGGUGACUUCAAACUCCAUCAUGCAGUUCUCUGAUACCAACUUUGAUCUCUCUGCUUUCCCGUACCCCUUCACUGGAGUUUUGGGUCUCUCUCCUGUUUUCAAGGGUGACAAUGCUUCUUUCCAGUCGCCAUUCUACCAGCAGUGGAAGGCCGGCCAAUGGAAGAACCCGACCAUCAGCUUCGUCUACUGCUACGAAGAGUCCAUGAAACCCACCUGCGGUGGCAGCGACGGCCUCCAGUCCUUUGGCGGCAUCAUGGACCAGGUCGUCAAGGACAGCGAGAUUUACUGGUACGCAAACUACGUCUUCCCCGACGUCAACACGCUUGCCUUUGAGUACUCUCCGGGUUUGUACAACUACUGGGCCACGCCCCUCGACUCGCUCUGGAUCGGCGACGAGCUGCAGCCCACGGAACCCACGUCCAACAGCUCGGGCAAAGCUUCCAUCUUCGACCACGCCUCGUACGGGCGCGGCAUCCCACUGACCCCCAACGCGUACGACAAGCUCGUCAACCUGACGGGCGGCCAGCCGCUCACGCUCGAGGACCCCACCAUCAUCAAUAACGGCAACCAGUCCAUGUACUCCGUCGACUGCGGCAACGUCGCCUCGUUCCCCACCGUGAGCUACAAGUUUGCUGGACACGACAAGGUCUGGACCAACACGCCGAAGCACUACGUCGAGACGCUGCCGGACGGGAGGUGCGCUCUGAAUGUGCGCGCCAUGGCGACCGGCGACAGGUUCAUUGGAAACUUUGGCGAGACGUUCUUCAAGGACAAGGUCGCUAUUAUGAACUUUGAGACCCUUCAGGUCGGUAUCGCUGAGAUCCAGUGGUAG